AUGUCCGGACCCUCAGUCAUACGACGACAGACAAGACCGAAGAGUGCUGAUGUCGGUGGUCUUCAUCUCGCGACUGCCAGUGAAUCUCAAGGUCAUGGAUGGGUCGGGAGCUCGUCUGCCCUGCAGACCCAGUUCGCUGAAUUAUUAAGCGAUAUGUACAACGAGACGCUCCACGCUGUCAACGAGCAUAAGCAUGAUUUCACUGUGUCCGCCGAUCUGUCUCCAGACGUCCGCCGUCGCCUCAUCUAUUCUCUAAACUCGUGGAAUUUCGAGCCUCACAAACUACCUCCAGAAGAAGUUUUGGCAUGUACAAUGAUCCUGUUCGAAGCCCUCUUUCGUAUCGAUGGGAUGAAGGAGGCAGUGGGCGUGUCUCUCCAACAAAUGGGUCCAUUCAUACACCAUCUACGGCAAAUAUACCGUUACGAAAACUCGUAUCACAACUUUGAACAUGCUCUAGAUGUGCUCCAAGCCUCAUAUUCCUUCCUCAAAUCGGCCGGGAUGGUACCCUCUCUGGCUAUCUUGCUUUAUAACGGACGGAUGUGGAGGAGCCACCGGCCGUGCGACAGUGGCCCUCUCAUUACCUCUCUUGGAUUGUGUGACCUGUUCUUGGUGUGCAUUGCCGCUAUAGGACAUGACGUUGGACAUCCUGGGUUUACAAACGUCUUCAUGAAAAAUGCGCAGACCCCUCUUUCAGUCGUGUUUAACGACCAUUCUGCUCUCGAACAGAUGCACUGCUCUCUCCUACUCCGAAUGAUGCAGCAUCACGGGUUGGGUGCGGUCCUGGAGCGGCCCCGGGCGAGACGUCUUUUGUGGGAGUCAGUCAUGGCCACCGAUAUGAGUGUCCAUGCUGCUUUCAUGGAAAGAUUUUCACGAACAGUGGCCGGAGAGGCAGCGUCGAUCACCCAAAGGAAGACUCUAAUAUGCCAGGCCAUCAUAAAAUGUUCAGAUAUCAGUAACCCCAGUCGGCCGUAUCACAUCUCACAGCAUUGGGCAACGGCGCUUAUGGCCGAAUGGACGUCACAAGCCCAAUACGAGAAGUCGUUGGCGUUACCCUGUACUGUGCAGUCAUCUGAGACGCCACUGAGCGAGGCGAAUUCUCAAGUGUUCUUCAUCAAAAUGUUUGCCCGGCCGCUGCUGGAGUUGGUGGCGAAGGCCGUUCCAGAAAUGCAAGUAUACGCGACACAGUGUACGUCCAACCUUCAUGAGUGGGAAACGCGUAAGGCGGAUCUCGAACGGCAACCGAUGCCCUCCAGGGCCACAAAGAAGACAGAAGAGUACAAUGACUACAAUAAUGCCUUCCCGCUGACCCUUCCGCUGGCACACAACCCAGAGUGGAACGAGUGCCUAUCGUCGGAGAGUGACGAUACCGAAAGUCUGGCAUCUUCGACUCUCUUUUCGCAAGGAACGACAUACAGCACAGAAUUGUCGGUAAGGAGUGGACAAGGAUGUGCCGCUAUUCGAGCAGCUGCCGGGAAGGCGGUAAGGAAGCAGAAAAGCAUCGGUAAUCGGAAUUCCUGGAGUCCGGUUGGAAUGCGGGCUCCAAACGGAGACGUCGUUGCGACCUUGGUGAUGGGAAGGAGGACGAAAUUUGGAGAUGUGUGA